CAGGGAAAAAAACCCGAGUGACCAUUAGCGUGGAGGUUUAGUCCGUCAUCUGCCUUCAUGCCUGCCAACUGAGCUCCGUCCGGGGGGCAGCUCCUCUUCCCGAUUGCCGACGUGGAUUUACCGCCCGUGGAGGGGGGGCUGAGCUCUCGUCUAUUUUCGACACCACACACCUGGUUUGGACGCUGGACGCCAUGUUGUGGAAACUAGCAGAUAAUGUCAAGUAUGAAGAGGACUGCGAGGACCGGCACGAUGGGAGCAGCAACGGGAACCCGCGGCUCCCGCAUCUCUCGGCGGUCAGUCAGCACCUGUACAGCUCAGCUCCGCCACUCUCUCACUCGGGCGCCUCCGACUUCCAGCCCCCCUACUUCCCUCCCCCGUACCAGCCGCUGCCUUACUCCCAGUCCAGCGACCCUUACUCCCACCUCGGGGACCCCUUCUCCAUCAACCCACUCCAUCAGCCGCCGCCGCCGCCCCCCAGCCAGCAGCAGAGUGCCUGGCCCAACCGACAGAGCCAGGACCCGGCCGCUCUCACUCCCCACGCCCGCCCCGGUCUCGUCCCCCACCUCUCGGCGCUGGAGAGCGGCUCCGCCGGCGGCCGCAGGGAAACGUACCGGCGCUCCGAGCUCCUUCUGCCCCACGGGCACGGGCUGGACGCCUCCGCGCUGGCCGAUAACCUGGGUCUGCACGACAUGGCCCACCAGAUGGAGGAGGUGCAGAAUGUGGAAGAUCAACACUUACUAAUGCACGACCAGACAGUAAUUAGAAAAGGUCCCAUUUCCUUAACGAAAAACAGUGCUCUCAGCCUCCCCUGCCAAAAGGAUGGAUUAAUUGGAGUGGUCAUAAACCCCAAUGAAGUAUUUUGUUCGGUUCCGGGGAGACUUUCCCUCCUGAGCUCCACGUCGAAAUACAAAGUGACAGUAGCAGAGGUUCAGAGGCGGCUCUCGCCCCCCGAGUGUCUCAACGCCUCUUUGCUAGGAGGAGUGCUCAGAAGAGCCAAAUCAAAAAAUGGUGGCAGGUCAUUAAGGGAAAAACUGGAUAAAAUUGGCUUGAAUCUUCCUGCUGGUAGAAGGAAAGCUGCAAAUGUGACACUAUUGACAUCUUUGGUGGAAGGUGAAGCUGUACAUCUUGCUCGGGACUUUGGUUACGUUUGUGAGACAGAGUUUCCUUCCAAAGCAGUGGCCGAAUAUUUAACUAGACCACACAUGGGCCGCAAUGAAAUGGCAAACAGGAAGAAUAUGCUUCUUGCUGCAAAGCAGAUUUGCAAGGAAUUCACAGACCUCCUGACUCAGGACAGAACUCCUCUUGGAAACACGAGACCCAGUCCCAUCUUGGACCCUGGCAUCCAGGGCUGCUUGACUCAUUUUAGCCUGAUCACACAUGGCUUUGGGAGUGCUGCCAUCUGCGCCGCCAUGACAUCCGUCCAGAACUACCUAAAUGAAGCAUUAAAAAUAGCAGACAAAACGUACAUGAACGCUGGCGACCAGAGCCCUGCAGAAACCAACAAAACCAUUGAUAAAAUGGAUAAGCACAGGAAGUAAAAAGGAGAGAAACCAGACUUUAAACUCUUCCUCCUAAACACAGACUGGGAUCUUCUUGCCAGGGGGAACAUAGAGAUUCGAGUUUUUUUUAUUUUUAUUUUUAUUUUUGUUUGUUUGUUUGUAUGUUUUUGGUUUGGUUUUGUUUUGUUUUUAAGAAAGGAGGGGAAAAAAAGGAGAAAAAACCUAAUCAUCUUAUUCAGGAUCUUCAGUCCCCCUGGAUCCAUGAGACAAGUCUUUCUAAAAGCUGCAGUAUCCCUGAUCUGUGGAAGGAAUGACCAGAAGAUAAGUACCUGGUACAAGUGUAUUGAAAUCUUUGCUGUAAAAGUGGUGCUAUAAAGGGGUUUUGAUGGAAAUAUACAGAGCGAUACAUUUAGAUUUCUUUUCCACACCUGAGUAUCUAGUGGUGACCAGCUUCGCGUAUAGGUUUUAAGAUACAGAUUUUAGACGGAAGCCUAUUAGUUAUCUGAUACAAUUUCAGGGUUUUAUUCUCUCUAAAUGCAACAAUAACAAUAAAACAGUAUUACACAAUGGUAUAUAGAUUUAUGUACAUUAAAACUUUUUAUAAACACCUGAAAAUAGUAUCAUUAUUCUGUGCUUUUUUUUUUUUUCUAAAUUUUAUUUUGUUCUUUAUUUUCAGAUUGCCAUAGGAGAGUACUAAAAUCCUGCUAGAUUUGAAAGUUAUCUGGUGGCAUUUGCCAUGUUUCUUUUUAUGGGAAUAUUCAGGCUUUUGAAAACUGCAGGAAUGUUGGCUGCAGUGGAUACUGUCUUGAUAUUUUUUAACAAGGAAUAGUACAAAACGAAAACGCUUUUAGAAAUUUGCUUUCUGUGUCUAAGGAUAUUGCAGCUUUAUUCACAUAUUUAUAUUGUCUUGUUUUCAAAUUGGGGGGGAAACUUGAAAGAAUAGGCACAUAACUUUUUUUUUAAUUAUUUUUUUUGCCUAUUAAGGCCAAAAAUUAUUUCCAGGGAGGUUUUAUGUGUAUUAAGGGAAGCAGUGUAUUGAAUGUAAAUAUUUAUUUAUGUGUAAUUUAAUUGGAUUUGUAAAUAAUGGUGAACUUUUUAAUACCUUUUUUUUUUUUUUAUAAAUGGGUUUCAAAUGUUAAUUUUGGUAAGUAUUUCAAAGGUUAUGGGUAAGCUAAACAUAUCUUUAGGUUUAUGCACAGGUAUGUUAUACAGGGUAUUUAAGACUUUUUUUUUUUCAUAUCUAAAUUCUUGCCACUGAAGAUUAAAUCUAAUCUGAGGUGUAUGUUCACAAAGCAAUAAUUUUGUGCAUCAUUCACCUGAUUACUGACCAGACAUGCAAAAUGAGUGUGUGAGUUAGUGUGUAUGUGAAUAAUGGAGGUUCUGAACUAUCUUUACAUUCUUGUAAAUGUUCCCGCUAUAAUUCUGAUGUAUAUGAUAACCAUAUAAUAAAAGUAUUCUGGAUAGAA